UAGCCGCCGGAUUGCCGCUUCUAAAGUCAGUUUUCGCUCUCGUGUAAAUGCACAACUACUUUUAAAAUGUGCUUGUUGCUGCUGAUCUGGACAAGGUUACUUUUUGUGCAGUGAAGAAGAAAUAGAAAUAUCAGACUGAGUACAAUAUUGGCUACCUCUAAUAUUUCACUGUAGAGAAACAGGCGCUGAGCUGGCUAAAUCAUAAACCGGAACAGCCGUUUUCCAGACGCGAUUUGUGUAGAACAACUGAAUAUCGGAAAACCCAAAGCAGUAUAUAAUUGUUUAUAUAAACUUCUAUUUGACAGGUUAGCCAUACAUUGAUCUAGAAAACAGCUAUAGGCUCAAAAGUUUCCAAAAUUCGGUUUUAAUCUUCCGGAAGCUGUGCUGCAUGUAAACGUACUGCUUGUAUCGUACACCGCGUUGGGCUAGUCUAGUAACGUAAUUUACAUAUGCUGUGUCUAUGAUUAUGUUGAUUAAAUCGCAGCACCUAAACUAUCAAGAGCAACGUAGCACAUUAUUUGAUAUGUAAAAUUCUUUUUAUUUUAUAACAGAAUCUGUUACGAUGUUCGUGUCCCAACGACACAACAACAUGAAGAACCCAACGCAUUAGAGACACUGGUCACAAAUUUGAUUCUCGCAUUCGACACGUAAAUGCCAGUAAUGAAUAUUUCAUUUCUGCGGAAACCAUGGCGAAAACCGAACACAAUUUAUAACCUCACUUGAAAAAGUCAUUACUUAUUUAUUAUGCCACAACGGACCUUUAUUGAGUUUCCACUGUGUUACAUAACAUCAAAUGGUGUUCCCUUGCUUGUGCCAAGUGCGGUGAACGAUUAAGUAUAAACUGCUUCACAGAGCAGCUGCGGUGAUUGGUCCAGAGAUUCGCAGCGCACACUUUGGUGAUACACCAUAACAAAAAUAACGUGACAGGCUAUGAUAUAACCGAGGUGCAAUGGACUGGAUAGCAUUAUUUUAGUGAUGGCAACGUGUAGCUUUUGGAGAAUUAAGAACACAUCGAAAGCACUUCGUAGUUCUCCGUACUUGUUUCAAGAAAGCAAAUUUAAUGUUCGAUCAAAUAGCUCAUAUAGUUCAUCGAGUGGAGCAAAGCCCGGGAUGAGCGUGACAAGAUUAGGAUUAAUUAGCGUGGGGCUUGGGGCAUUAGUUGGUACGGGAUAUUCGUUCCAUAAAAUGUACGAGGCGCGUGUACCAAUCUUAAACAAGGGAACUGGUGCAGAAUCUUUUGUGUUGAAGUCACUUCCCGAUGUAGCGACUUCACGUUCGGUUGUAAGUCCGACGGACAACACAGGAUUAAAACUGAAACUGUUUCAGUACCCGACUUGCCCAUUUUGUUGCAAAGUUCGUGCCUUUCUUGAUUACCAUGGAUUUUCUUAUGACGUCGUUGAAGUAGACCCAGUUUUGCGUCAGGAAAUAAAGUGGUCUCAUUAUAAAAAGGUUCCAAUACUGCUAGCUCAAGUUGAAGAUGGAUACCAGCAGCUGAAUGACAGUUCAAUGAUUAUUUCAGCACUUAUGUCGUACCUUUAUGAAAGAGACCAGACUUUACAAGAUGUCGUCAAAUUUUAUCCCAGUAUUGAGUACAAAGAUGAUAAUGGAACUGUCAAAAAGGAGAUAAUGAAUCGUUAUUUUCUAAUGUUUCAUGGAAAUAUCCCUAAAGAUAGGACAAAGGAAGAUAUCUUGCUUGAAAGAAAAUGGAGGAAAUGGGUUGAUGAUGUGUUAGUUCAUACCUUAUCACCUAAUGUGUACCGAACAAGAGCCGAAGCUUUCCAAGCCUUCAACUGGUUUUCAGAGGUUGGCGAGUGGGACAAACUGUUUCCAGCAUGGGAAAGGUUUAUCAUGGUAUAUGUUGGUGCCGUUGCAAUGUGGAUUAUUGGCAAGAGAUUGAAGAGAAGGCAUAACCUGAAAGACGAUGUUCGACAGUCUCUCUAUGAUGAAUGCAAUUUUUGGAUAAAAACCAUAAAGAAACAAGGGACACCAUUUCUGGGAGGAAGCAGACCAAACUUAGCUGAUUUGGCUGUGUAUGGUGCUCUGACUAGUAUAGAAGGUUGUAAUGCUUUUGCAGACCUUCUUGCAAACACGAAGAUAGGACCGUGGUACAGUGCAAUGAAAGAAUCAGUUCAGAAUCAUGCAGGAAGUGUGGCAAUGAGCAGUUGAUGAUUACCUUACUGACUGCCAUUAGUGACAUUUUGAGAUUACAUAUGCGAAACAUUUCUGAUCACUGUGGAAAAUAGUCAUUGUUAUGUGCAGCCAUGCAUUAAUAAAUGCAGAGUUACUACCAAUGAGUCAGUUUUGUUGAGGAUAUGUUAACGUGCAUCAGAUAUGGUUGUAACCCAGUGGCACUAUUAUUUGGAUAGUUUAUGAUUUAUAUUUUAUUGCAUGGCAAAAUAAUAAAGAGCUUUGUUCCUAUUUUUAAGUUCCUGUUUAUGUGAUUUAGUGAAGGAAACUUCUUCAGGAAUAAUAUUUAUAACGAUUGCUUGCUAAUGUACAAAGAACAAUAACAGUUAUGAAGAACA